AUGUCACUCGGGAACUUUCCCCAGAGAAGUCUGGAAAUGGAGAGUUUCCACAUGAGAUUCAGCACCUGGACUCCUUUUAACAACCGGUCCUUAAACAGACAGCUCUUUCAAGAAAGAGUUACUCUCAUAGGUCACUGGUUUGGCCUCUGGACCCACAAGCAACGGCAGGAGUUCUUAUUCACAAUUCUUUCACAAUGCUCUAAGUCACAGCUCAGGUUCAUCCGAGACUGGUUUUCAGAGAGGAAGCAGGUGGCCAGCGUGGAUUUCUCGACUGUGUUACCACGUUCCAUUUCUCUUUAUAUCUUCUCCUUCCUGAAUCCGAAAGACCUGUGUGCAGCUGCUCAAGUCAGCUGGCCCUGGAAGUUUCUAACGGAACAGGACUGCUUAUGGAUGCCCAAAUGCACGAGGCUUGGGUGGUUUCUGCCCUAUACUCCAACACAGAAUGAAUAUGGAGCUUGGAAGCACCACUACAUUGCUUGUGUGUCCAGCUUGGAUUGGCUAACGCCCAGGGAAGCUGCUGCUGUUUAUGGGACACUGAAUGAACCCAAAACCGAGGAUGAGGAGUCCAAGGAGAGGCAAAGAGAAAAAUGCCUGAGGAAAAUCAUUUGGGGGAAAAUUGCAUUCCGUAAAAAGGAGUUAUUCAAAGCUCGACCCCCUUGGCUGAGUGGAACGCGCUGUUCCAGGUCCAUGAGCCUGCCCGGUGGUCCUUGGAUGCAGAGAGAAGGAGCAGGAUUCUAUGAAGCUUUGGAGAGGCAGCUUGUUCUGGCAUCUUUAAAUGCUUUGCCCACACGAAGCAAUCUCUCUGGAAGCCACCCCUCUCCUUUCUUAGUAAAGAAAAAUCAUCACGGGGUUGGAGGAACCGAUGACAGCUCUUCCUGUGCCUUGCAACCGCGCGUCAUCCUGAUCUCAUCGCGGAUUCCCGCCUAUGAGAUGGUGGUGGAGAGUGUUAAGGUGGGCGUCGUGACCGUGCCCUACGAACACAGCGGUGUGACCUUGGAGGGCCUGCUUCUUCUCCUAGUCAGAGCUCUGCAAGGGCGGAAGGCACAGAGCCUGGGAAUAUUUAGCGGUGGAAACAGCCGAGAAAUUGACUUACUCCAAGGCUAUAAAAUUUCUAUUAAAAAUUUACUAUGGCCUGAAGUGAGAGACUUCUGGGAGAAGCUGGGAAGCUAUGUGGCCGCCGAAGAAGAAGGGGGCCGGGUAGACUUCUUUGCGCCACUUGGAGCAUCAGAAGCAGGCCUAGAAGUUCUUUCUCAGCUGUCUCAGCUAACUGGCACAUUCUUCUCCGCCCCCACCGGAAUCGCGACUGGUUCAUUCCAACACAUUCUUAGUGACUGGCUGGGGCCACAGCAGGACAGGCCGCCUCCUUCUGACUACUUCAGUGAGUCUAAGCUGCAGGCAUGGACCAACUUCACGGACUCCCUGGAAGACACCUUGAAGUCAGUGAGGAAGGAGUUCCGCCCACUCUUCAAGAACUUGCAGAGGAGCAUCAGCGGCCGGAUCCUGGGGCAACUUAUGUUUGACUCUCUGAGUAUGACCAGCAUCCUAGAUAACCAAGAUGCUGCACAGGCUCUGGCGGAUGGGCUGGUGGAGUUGUCAAAAGAAGGAUCUGACAAACCUCUGGAAUUUUUGUCAUCUUUUCUGCUGAAGAAAUCUAGUAAAAAGAGCGAGGAAUUUGAAGGAAAUGAUAUUCUGUUAGACUGUGACGUAAAAGUAACAUCGGAUCCACUCACGAAGGAAAGACGUGCCAUAGAAGACAAUUUUCAGGACACAAAGUCUAGUCUAAACCAAAGCAACUUGAACAUGGAGGUGCUGUUUAAGCUGGAGAGAAAGCUCCAGAUGGACUCAGUAGAGAAACGAACCCGAGUUGUGAAGGAACUUGUGCAGAGCGAGAGACGGUAUGUGCAGAUGCUGGGAAUCGUGAGGGACGUAUACGCCAGGCCCCUGAGGGCAGCGCUCGCCUCAAACAGAGCCAUUCUGAGUGCUGCCAAUAUACACAUCAUUUUCUCUGAUGUUCUACGCAUCUUAAAUCUCAACAGAGAAUUUCUAGCUAACCUAAGAGACAGACUACAGGAAUGGAGCCCAGCCCACUGUGUGGGAGAAAUAUUCAUAAAAUUUGGAAGGCAGCUGAACACAUAUACCAAUUUCUUCAACAACUAUCCAGUUGUUCUGAAAACCAUUGAGAAGUGCAGAGAAAUGACACCAGCAUUCAGAGCUUUCUUGAAGAGACAUGAUAAUACCAUUGCUACUAAAAUGCUCAGCCUGCCAGAGCUGCUCCUGUACCCAUCCCGGAGAUUUGAAGAAUAUAUACACCUUCUCUAUGCUCUGAGACUCCAUACUCCUGCAGGACAUAUAGACCGUGGGGAUCUGACCGCCGCAAUUGAUCAAAUCAAAAACUAUAAAGGCUACAUAGAUCAGAUAAAGGAAAACAUCAAAAUGAGAGAGCAGCUGACCCACGUACAGACCACCAUCUCAGACUGCCCCACUCUAUCAGAAGCAAACAGAUACCUGAUUAGGAUCCAAGAUGUAGUUCAACUUCACUGCUAUGAUGAGAAAAUGGAUUUCCCUUUAAGGCUCUAUGAACAGACCCGAGACCUCAGCCUCUUCCUCUUCAAUGAUGCACUGCUUGUUACCCGUCGGACCACAUCUCAUACUCCAUUUGAAAGGACGUCCAAAACAACCUACCAGUUCAUUGCGUUAGUGGCCCUUCCCAGGAUGUUCAUAGAAGACAUUCCAGACUCCAAAUAUGUCAAGAAUGCGUUCAUUCUUCAAGGUCCAAUGCGUGAAUGGAUCUGUGCUACUGAGGCGGCAGACGACAAGUUCCUCUGGUUGUCUGCACUCCAAACGGCAAUCAGAAGCAGUAUAAAGUAAAACUAGACUCAAAACAGACAAGAGGGUCUUUGGAAAGUCAUAUGCCAGGUUUCCUGCUUCAGAACAUCUAGUAAGAAGCACACAGGGAACAGUCAUGGAUGUGGGGAGAUGACAGAGCUAGGACCGCCUGUGAGGUUUCUUCCAACUUCUAGGAUGUGUGAUUAAGUUUUGUGGAAUGUGUAAGAACAUGUCUAAGAUUUUGAACUAUAUCUUUUGGUAGCCACUGCUCACAGGGGCUAUUUAAAACAAUUUGACCUAUGUAGAUUUUAAAAGCGAGUAAUGAAAAAUCAGAAUGAACAAUGUUUCUUUCACGAGCAUUCUAGAACAAUACUUGAACUUGUUUGUGAUUCACAAAUCAACAUCAACUUUUCAAGAAGCAAUUAAUGAUUUUUAAGGGUAUGUCUGAGAAAUAUAAUUGGCAGCCUUCUAAAGCAAUGUCAAAUGUGAGUGAAGUCCUUUUUAAAGCAUUAGAAUAUGAUAUUUCAACAUACCAGAACAUUUAGUGGGUUUUGUUUGCUUUCUGUAAUUUUUACUUUUUAAGACCAAAUUCUUAGAUCUCCCAAAUAACCCUAAUUUUUUUUUUUAAAUAAUACUAUCAGAAAUGCAGUGGUAGGAGAAUCCAAUUCUUAAAUAGUGAAAAUUAGUGAAUGGGACUAGAGCUCCAGCUCACUGGAGCCCACAUGUCAGAGUAUAACCUCUCACUCCAGUUCUGGGGAAACUGAUCAUCUCUUUGGCUUCCACGGGUGCCAGGAAUGGACAGUGCACAG